AUGAAGGUUUAUUACUUUGCGUUUAAACUUGAAAAUUCAUUGACAAGUAAUCGUGGCAUUGGGAGAUUUUUUGAUCAUGUUCUCUAUGGAAUAUUGCUUCUGCUUGCAGGAAGUGAGAUAUCCUUCUUCAAAAAUGGGAUUUGUCAAGGUGUUGCUUUCAAGGAUCUGUAUGGUGGUCGUUAUUAUCCUGCAGCUUCCAUGUAUACUCUUCCCAAUCAACCCAAUUGUCUUGUCAAAUUCAACUUUGGCCCUGAUUUUGAAUUUUUCCCGGAAGACUUCGGUGACCGGCCUGUCCCGAGACCCAUGAUAGAAGUUCCUUAUCAUGGCUUCGAUGGCAGAAUUGAGAAUGGUGUGUCCAACGAGAAGAAACAUUAGCUGUAAAGCAGAUUAUCACAUAUUUACAUAAUAUAUGCGGAAUUGGGGGUUGACUGAACUUAAUUUCUUCUGGAAUUUUGAUAAUGCUUAUGUGAUGACUGACUACUGAACAGUCCGAUUGUUUGUAAUUGCUACUUCUCUA